CUUCACCAUGAGUUCCUCCGAUUCCGUCGCUAACGCGCCUUCCUGUCUCCGGCUGGCCCUGAUCAUCGGGAAGAAAGCUGCCGGCGAGGGCUCCAACUUCAUUUUCUCCCCUCUCUCCAUCCAACUCGCUCUCGCCCUCGUUGCCGAAGGCGCACGCGGCGAGACCCUGCAGCAGCUACUCUCAUUCUUGGGCUCCCCGGACGUCUCCCACCUUCAAGCCGCCACCCUGCGCCUCCUCCACUCCAUCUCCACCGAAGAAUCCGCAGCCGAACCCAGCGUCCCCGCCAAUAUCGCCAUAAGGCUCGGCACCCCCUUCCUCGUAGGCGCCAAAGAUGCAACCGACCUCCCCAGUGCUCCACCUCGUGUCUCCUUCGCCAACACCAUAUGGUUCUGUCAGAAGCGUUUGGUUUUGAAUCCUGCCUAUGUACACGCUGCGUCCUCUCUCUACGAUUCCUCCGUCAAGACUGUGGACAUUCUCAACAAUGCUUAUCAGGUAGCCAGAGAAAUUAAUAGUUGGGCUGAGGAGAAGACACACGGACUUAUAAACGAUAUCAUUCCUGAAGGAAAUCUGGAUCUGAAAACUACCAUUCUUCUCGCUAAUGCUGUCUACUUCAAAGCUUUAUGGGGUACACCAUUCCCAAUAAACUACACGACGAAAGGAAAGUUUUAUCUUCUUGAUGGAAGCACCAUCACUGUACCCUUCAUAUCACACCGUCAUAAUUUCUACAUUUCUUUCUCUCAUCGCUUCAAAAUCCUUAAGCUACCCUACAGGCAAUUUCCAGGUGCCAAAACGUUCUUCUCUAUGCUUAUAUUUCUUCCUAAUGAUAGUGAUCAACUCUACGAAAUCAUGGAUGAAAUACUCUCCACGCCGGACUUCCUGAAGGAAUAUACUCCAACUGAGGCGUUGAGGCUUCACCGAUUUAUGCUUCCUAAGUUUAACUUCUCGUUCGAUUGUGAGCCUUCUGAAGCGUUGAAGAAGUUAGAACUGAUCCUUCCCUUUUCAAAGACUAAUGCAGACCUCCUGGGCAUGCUCAAGUUGCCCCAUCCCGAUCUGAAGCCGAUUGAUAAUUUAUAUAUGAAGACCAUGUUUCACAAAUCCACUAUUGAGAUUAACGAGACUGGCACAAUCGCAUCUUGUGUAUCACUCCCUUCUCUAUGUGGUGGCGGCAUUUGUUACACUCGUCCAGUGCUACCUGAGUUUGUAGCGGAUCAUCCCUUCAUCUUUGCUAUCGUGGACGAGAAGACUGGAACUUUGUUGUUCCUGGGGCACGUAGUUAAUCCUUUGGAGGACGCUUGUUAAUAAACAGUCAAAUCUAUAUCUAGUGUUUGGAUGCAACUCAAUAAUCUGUACUACUAUUUUGUGCAACGAAAGGUUGCAACUGGUAUU